AUGACUUUUCUUGUUCGAACGGAGGAGGCUGUAGAGAAGCUCGUCUCCUUUAUCGCCUCAGAGACCGCCGUGCAGGCGUCAAGCAACGACGUCGACGAUCUUUUUGCGCCGGCGCGAGAGAGCAACAACGUGCCUGUUGACAUCCAAAUUGCCUUUCUCGCUGCUCCUCCAGCGCACCGUGUUCCACUGUACUUCGUGGUGCCGCACGAAACUGUCAGCGGAACUCUGUGCUUAAUCACACCGCCACCGCAACGAAAGUAUAAGGACCUGGUUUUCGCUCUGAGCGAGGACGGCGAUGCAGUCGCUAAGCGUGUGAGGCGCGUUAUUGAUAGCAAGAAGCUCGCAGCCAAGGUGGCAGACCCUGUGGCGGUGCGUGCCUUUGCAAAGAGCUACGACCACUUCAUUGUGUACGGGCUCACCAAGUACCCGCGGCAGCUGACAGGAGAGUUUCUUGAGCACCGCAAGGUUCCCGCAUGGGUGAACAGCAAGGGCAGGUUUCCCGAAAAGCUUCGAAAAGCUGUGCACACUGUCGUGGUGACGCGCCGUGGUGACAACCAGGUCACGUGCCGCGUGGGACACACCGGGCUCUCGACCCAGCAGAUUGUCGAGAACAUUAUAGCCUUCUUGGACAAGUUUGUUAAGCACCCUGACGCAGUGCCGCUCAGGAACAUUCUUCACAUUCGUGUUGCGGCCACAGGUACAAAUAGCAAGCGCGUGGGCUUGCCCAUCUUCGGUCACUUUUUCCAGUUUAAGGCCCUGACGGAGUCGGCAGAGUCGCCGCGGAAGCGUAGAAAAGUGGAGGCCUGA